GGCGCUGUAUUGAAACCUAAUCUUCAGUAUUCGAAAUGUGGUGGCGAGACGUACUCGUGUGCAGUUUUUUAGUGGGAGUAGUACGCUGCAAUCGAAAUUUCCCUCCCGGCUUCAAGUUUGGGGCCGCAACUGCUGCCUACCAGGUCGAAGGGGCAUGGAAUACUAGUGAUAAAUCGGAGAGCAUCUGGGAUGUGUUCACCCACAACCACCCCGAUGCCAUCAUCGACGGCUCCAACGGGGACUUGGCUUGCGAUAGCUACCACCACUGGAAGUGGGACGUAGAAAUCGCUUCCGAACUGGGCCUGCACUUCUAUAGAUUUUCCAUAUCAUGGACAAGACUUCUACCGAACGGUUUCUCAAAUAACAUAAGCGAAGACGGCAAGAAGUAUUACAGCGACCUUAUCGACGCACUCUUGGCGAAGGGCAUCGAACCUGUUGUCACUCUGUACCACUGGGAUCUGCCGCAGUCCCUACAGAAAUUAGGAGGUUGGGCGAACCCUCUCAUUGUGGAUUGGUUCGCACGUUACGCCCGGGUCGCAUAUCACCUAUACGCUGACCGGGUCAAGACCUGGAUAACCUUGAACGAGCCCGUCAUCUACUGCGAGGUGAACUACGCUGCCGGGAUGCACGCGCCCGGGAUCUUAAGUCCCGGGAUAGGAGGCUAUUUGUGCGGCAGACACUCUGUUCUGGCACAUGCGAAGGCGUGGAGGAUCUAUGACGAGGAAUUCAAGCCUAAAUAUCAAGGUAAAGUCUCUCUAACUAAUCAGUUGAUGUGGUUUGAGCCAGAAAACGAAGAUGAAAAGGAAUCUGCAGAUCUUACUCAACAGUUCUGGGCUGGGAUAUACACGCAUCCUAUAUUCUCAGAGGAAGGGGGAUGGCCUCCGGCUUUAGAGAAGAAAAUUGCUGAGAAGAGUGAGCAGGAAGGGUAUGCGGUAUCGAGGUUACCGCCGUUCACCCCGGAAGAGAAACAAUUUGUUAGAGGAACCUACGACUUCUUCGGUUUUAACUUCUACACAGCUCGGACGACACGUAAGGCGAAGGAAGGCGAGAAAUUCGGACUCCUCACUAGCGCCCCGGACAUCGGUGUCCAAUUUUCAGUCCGACCUCAUUGGAAGCGCGGGGCGACCCGAUGGUUUUUCGUGUACCCUGCGGCGUUACGCCUGCAGUUGUCCUGGGUAAAGCAGCAGUACGGUGACGUGGACAUCUUCAUCCUGGAAAACGGUAUUGCGGGUUACGACACAGAUCUGAACGACAUAGACCGUGUCAACUUCUAUAAAGAUCAUUUAGAACAGGUGCUUCUGUCAAUUAAUGAGGAUGGAGUGAAAAUAUCAAGAUAUACAGCGUGGACUAUGAUAGAUAAUUUCGAAUGGAGCGACGGUUACCGGUCCAAAUUCGGUCUUUACGAGGUAGACUUCGAAGAUCCGAUGCGCACGCGCAGGCCACGAGCUUCUGCACACUACUAUGCGAACGUCAUCAAAGCACACUCACUCGAUGUAGAUCCGAAUAAUAAAUUUACUGAUGAACUGUACUUUGUACUUAUUAAUACAUCUCAUGGUCCUGAUAAAAUAGCCAAAUUUGUUCUACAGACCGACCUCACCGGAAUAUUCCAAUCUUAUCUGUCACGCCCCUUACAAAAGGAAGAAAGGCCAAUCACCGUUCAGCCUCCAGAGGGCGCUCCUUCCGUUUUUGUUUAA